AUGCCGUCGCACAAGACCUUCCGGAUCAAGAAGAAGCUAGCGAAGAAGAUGCGCCAGAACCGCCCCAUCCCCUACUGGAUCCGCAUGCGCACCGACAACACCAUCAGGUACAACGCCAAGCGCAGGCACUGGCGCCGCACCAAGCUCGGCUUCUGA